AUGUCUUCUCUCGCCGAACCUCGUCGCCCGCGUCUUCUCGCCCAGAAUCGCAAGCUUCGUCACCUUCGCGGAAUAUGGCUGCGCAAUUUGUCCUUUGCGCCCACGAGUCUUCGAACUGCAGACGACGCUGACCUAGCCACGAAAUUACCCGUUCUUAGGGAAACGAGUCAAUUACAUCCGUCGCGAUCGUCGGAGAGCUUGAGGAAGGAUAGCGUGCGACAUGAUGCUUUGCGACCUCAACAGAAACGUAGGACGAGCUUGAGUUUGGCGCAUGUCAAUCCUAUUGCAAGACAAAAGAAUUUGGAGUCGCUGUUUGAAGGGUCUGUUGGGGAUGUUUUUUAUUCGUUGCAUGUGAAUGGCGAUGCUGAGCCUGUUUAUAUCAGCGAGGUGCACGAACGAGCGACGAGUUUCAACUUUAAAUUCUUCAGCUUGGAAGACUGCGCAGCGGCCAUUUUAAGAUGCGAUUCCUUGAUAAUUCGAGUCUGGGCAAGACGACCGAAAUCCGAGACAUGGACCUUUCUCCUCGACGAGUCAAUCGAUCUGCGCCGACUCAACUUUAUAGGCACUCUUAUGGAUCGAAACUUUCCUCCAAACGCAUUAAUAUUUCACCUCGAAGACGGUGUUUACUCGUUCGACUUUCCCAAUAAGAUAUCGGAACCGAAACAAGCACCGACAGUAGCGACGUCGUCAUAUACCGCGCUUAUGAAGUUGGCCAACUUGGAGAGCUCUAUAGAAGAUGCGAUGGAGACGCAAAAUCGACUUAUGGAAGAGAUAAAUAAUAUGCUUGAUGAUUCACCGGUCGAUAAGUCAGAAACGGCGCAAGAAGCUGUUUCUGUCGCAGAAAAGUAUGUGGCCGCGCAACAACGCUCCAACAACUUGGCACAAAAGAAACGGGAUGAUCUACGGGAAUCGAUAAGGGCCCGACGCGAAGCUAUCGCUAAAGGAAGAGAGCUUGAAGCUCAAGCGGAAACGGAUAUGGCCAAUAAUCGAGAGAAGUUGACCGCUUCGGAAGAGCUUCUCGAAGAAACGCAGCAACAAAUCCGAGGGCAGCGAAGGCGCAUUUGUUCUGACCUUGCAGAUAUAUUCCCCAUUACGCCAAUCCCUAAUGCGCCACCACUUUCUUUCCAAAUAUGCAACAUACCACUUCCGAACUCGACAUAUGAUGCUUCGACUGCAAAACACAUCUCCGAGGAUGUUUUAUCGGCUGGGCUGGGACUCGUUGCGUUGGUCACGAAACAUUUACAGUUCUACCUUGCGCAUCCUUUACCAUACCCGCUGGACUGGUUCGGCUCUCGAUCAUACGCACGCGACGAUAUUUCCCAACUAUCAGAAAAGACUGUUUCACGAAGGGAGUUUCCUCUCUAUUUACCUCGCGGAGGCUCCACCGCCGGACAAUGGCGUUUUGAGUAUGCGUGGUUUCUACUAAACAAAGACAUCGAAGCUCUCUGCUCAUCUCAAGGUCUACGCGUGGUAGACAUCAGGCACUCCCUUCCAAACCUCAAAUAUUUGCUCUACGUCUGUAGUGCUGGAAGCGAUCAAGUACCAGAGCGCAAAAAAGGCGGCGUUCGCGGAUUAUGGGCUGGUAGACUCAAAGGGAGAAUGUCAACCAUGUCGGCGCAAUUGGACGGCGAUAACAGCAGCUUGAAUGAGAGUCGCAGGGAUAGUACGGACAGCGAGAUGAACCAUCAUGGUGAUGUGCUAAGAGAUGCGCUUCUCAAGAGUAAUGGGCAUAACAAGAUUGUUGGGCAUGAUAAUGAUGCGCACUUGGAGAGUCUAGAUGACUUGCUUUCAUUACCGUUUGGAGAGGGUGAUACAAAGUUCACAUUGAGGACUAAGGGUCUGAGAGAGAAUGUUUCGAGAUGA